CCACCAGGAGCGCCACGCGAACAAGCGUCCGAAGGAGUAAACAGAUCCGACUAUUAGAGGACCAACUGCCCGGUAACCUGGCGGAUAAACGCCGAUAAAGGAUAUUAUUUAAUCAGGAGUAACGUUCAAGGAUGCUCUGCUGAUACCUUCUGCUCUGUAUAUACAGAAACAAUCGGCCUCACGAUGUCAGCUGACGCGGAGCUCAACACAGACGCCGCUGACGACAACAAACUGGUCAAACCGAAGGUCGAGUUCCAGACUUUGCUGCAACUUGCAGGAGCCACUAAAGAAGUGUUCACCAUGAAGGAGGUGAUGUUCUACCUGGGUCAGUACAUCAUCAAGAAGCAGCUGUACGACCAGAAGCAGCAGCACAUCGUCCACUGCUCCCAGGAUGCACUGGGGCGGGUGCUGGGAGUCGACAGCUUCUCUGUUAAAGAGCCACGAGUUCUGUUUUCGAUGAUCACCAAGAACCUGGUGGCCGUGAAGAACCAAGACCAAACUAAACCGGUUCCCCUCUCGGAGUCGCCUCCGAGCUCCAGUGAGCCGCCGGGCGACACUCAGCCGGACCGAGAGCCAGAGGAGGCAGCAGCUUCAGAAAGUCGCUCUUCGUCACCAGACAGGAGGGGGAGGAGGAGGAGGAGGAGGAGGCGGAGCUGCAGGAGCAGCGGCAGCGACCCAGGGCCCUCCGACAGCGUAGAGGGCGACAAAGAGGAGGGGGAGGAGUCGGGGGAGGAGGAAGAGGAGGGAGGGAGGAAGAGGAGGAGGUCCGACAGCUACUCCCUGACCUUCGACGAGAGCCUGUCGUGGUGUGUGAUCGGCGGGCUGGGGAGCGUACGAGACCGACCGAGCAGCCAAUCAUCAGACUCUCACAGCACAUCCGGGAGGUCGGAGGUCACGGUUGCAGCCUCGGACUCGGACAGCGACAACUUCAGCGUAGAAUUUGAGGUCGAGUCGGUCGACUCCGACGACUACAAUGAAGACGACGCCUCGCUGUCUGCAGACGACCAGAUAUACGAGGUCACCAUAUUUGAGGCGGAGGACAACGACUCCUUCGAUGAAGACACGGAGAUCACGGAAGCCGACUACUGGCGCUGUGCCAAGUGUGACGAGUUGAACCCGCCCCUCCCCAGAAACUGUCUCCGCUGCUGGGCGCUGCGCCAGGAUUGGCUGUCGAGGGACAAGUCCGCCUCCUCCAGCCCUAAAGCCCUGCCCCCAAAGCCAACCGACCAAUCGGCAGCCAAAGAAACUCCAGGCUCCGACGUGGAGGAGAACGAAGGCGUCGACGUCCCGGACGGGAAGCGAGUGAAGCCUCUCCUCCCGUCUCAGUGCCACUCGGACUCCUCCCUCUCCGCUCUGGACUCCCAGGAUCUCCUCUCCUACUCCCAGCCUUCCUCCUCCUCCUCCUCCUCCUCCUCCUCCUCGUCGUCGCAGCAGCAGAAGCUCUGGACUCUCGACUCCCAGCCCUCCUCGUCCGCGGACUCCCAGGAGCUCCCCCCGUCCUCCUCCACCCCUCCCCCGCUCCCCGAGCUGGACCGCAGCGUGUCGGCCGAGUGGCGCCUGCCGGACUCGUGCCUGGACCCGUGUCUCAUCUGUCAGUCGCGGCCGAAGAACGGCUGCAUCGUGCACGGCCGCACGGGUCACCUGAUGUCGUGCUACGUGUGCGCCCGCAAGCUGAAGAAGAGGAACAAGCUGUGUCCGGUGUGCCGUCUGCCCAUCCAGUCGGUCGUCUUCACCUACCUCAGCUGAGUCCGCGCGCACGUGCACGUGGCCGAUUGCCUUCGCUCCUCUGGCUCACGUUCUGCACUUCCUGUCUCUCUUCCCGAAAAAAAGCUGCUGUGACUUCGACUUCUCGCCACUCGAGUCGGACAUCUUUAAAAAAAGAAAUACACGCUUCAUUAAACGGCUGAAAACAUUAAAUUAAUCAUUUAGUGGUUUUACAGUGAAUCAGAAAGAUGUAUUUAAACAAAUCUAACAGCAGCAAAUCUAAUAAAUAUUAGUAUUGUGGCUUAAUUAAACCAAAAACAGGGGGGGGGGGGAUUGCAUUAGUUUGGGACUAUUUUCAGCGGCGGAUUGAUCCACAUCUGGAGCGUGUUUAGGCUUCAGGUUUAAUUCUUUAUCGUGGCGUCAACACAUUGUUGGUUUUGUGUCUUUUUCCUACUAAAAAGGAUUAAUUAUCGUUUAAAACACAAGUCUUUUUCAACCCAAAGUCAGACGAGAUGACCGACAGCUCUAUUUAUUUAUGUACGGCAUCUUCUCUUUUGAAUUUGGGUUUAAAAAUAUAAAUAAAUAAAUAAAAGAAGGCUAAAUCGAGACUCCCUGAAAUGUGGGAUUGUUCCUUUUUAAGUCGCGUCUUAAUAUAAUGUUGCUUUAGGUAAUGUUUGAUUUCAUGGGUCUAUAAUUAUAUAUCUAUUUACUGGGAAGAAUAUUCUAAUUUGAUAAAUUAUAUGGAAAAUAGAAUUUCCUCUGUUUUAAACCAAAUAAAAUUGGUCAGUUAUUAUUGUAAAUUUUACUUUAGUACAAAUAAACAAUGUUGUUUUUUUUAACGCAGAUGUCUAUUUUCCAUAUAUUUCUUUCCUGGAGACUUUUUGUAAAAUAUUAUAAAUAAUUCAGAAAAUUAUGGACUCAUGAAAUAAAGUGUUAUCUUUUUUGUUGUUGUUUUACAGGUCUGUAAUGUUCUAAUCAUUUCAUUGACUGUUUCUUGGAAGGACACAUUUAAUUUGUUUUUAAUUAUAGUUAAAAAAAAGAUUUCUUUGGAAAAUAAGUUCUUUAAAUUGUCAUAUUUUUAUUUGCACGCUUGCAUUGUUGUGUGCACUGACUACAAUAUUCUCCAGGUUAACAUUUUUUAAAUUACAUCCCAUAAACUGAAGUGUUACCCAACAUCCUCAUUAUUUAUUACAUGUGUAUUUAAGAUGCUCGUGUACAUUUAAACAAUAAGAUGAAUAUAUGAGGUCUGUAAUAUUUUUUUGUUCUACAUUUGCUGUGAACGAAAUAAAAUGUAACUUCUGUUAA